CUCAGGUGCUUUCCCAGAUGCAGCCUAAUGUGCUCUUUGCCUUCCCAAAAAGGACUUGCUUUGACAUUCCAAUCCCAUCAAAUGAAGAGGGGACGUGCUUGGCAGGGAGAGAAUUAAAUAAGGAGCACUGCAACACUUUGCAGGAGGAGGAAAUGCAUAACUCUGUGCAAAUAAGUAUUUGUUAGGUGUGGCAGCUCCAAAAUAACCACCUGCUGCAGCUGAACAUUUGAACAGAUUAAAAAGGGCAAAGAGGUGUCAUUGUGUGCAUCCAUGGAGCAUGGGAACACCCAGCCUGCAGAGCCUUGGCAAUUCAGUGGACCCACCAGGACACAGAUAUCAUCCUCCACCACAAAGUGCUGGUUUGCAAAGCAACCAUAAUUUAAUUAAAAAAUAAUUUAAUUUUAAAAAGUUACAAAGCCAUUUGCAACUGCCUACUGUAGUUAUUUUAUGUGGAAAACAAGUUCAUUCUGGUCUUAACCAGGGGAAGGCAUAAACAUCUACUAAUAGAGAAGAAACAAAGUUUAAUUUGCUCAUGGAUCAGUGAAGUCCAAAAAUGUGCCUUCCUUUUGGGUGGACUCUGCCCUUUCUUGGAAUUUAAGAUUCAGGAGUGAGGGCCAGCAGAGCUUAGAAAGACAACCCUCACAAUCUGUAUCCACUCCUGGCUUCACCGACUGGAAUAAACCACCCAGAAACUGAAUACCUCAAUAAAUAACAAAGGAUCUCUUAAGAGGUGACAUGAACCUUGAAGAGUAUUUUGCAAGAACUGGCUACAAAGGCUCCCUUGAAAAACAAGAUUUGGAAACCCUAACCGAUAUAUUCCAGCACCACAUCCGCGCCGUUCCCUUCGAAAACCUCAGCAUCCACUGCGGGGAGAAAAUUACUCUGGAACUGGAGCAUGUUUACAACAAAAUCGUGCAGAGGAAACGGGGGGGCUGGUGCAUGGAAAACAACCAGCUCCUGGGCUGGGUCCUGAAGCGCCUGGGCUACGACACCAGCUUCCUGGGAGCGUAUGUGUUCAACCCACACCAAAACGCAUACGCCACCAUCAUGACCCACCUCCUGGUAAAGGUGGUCAUCGAUGGCAAAGCCUACAUCGUUGACGGAGGCUUCGGUGUAUCCUAUCAGAUGUGGCAACCCAUGGAGCUCGUGUCGGGCAAAGACCAGCCCCAGGCUCCCGGCGUCUUCCGCUUCACGGAGAGAAACGCCGUCUGGUACCUGGAGAAAAUGAGACGGAAACAGUACAUCCCCAACCAGAGCUUCUCUAACUCGGACCUGCUGGAGAAAAAGGAGUGCCGGAAGGUUUAUAUGUUCAGCCUUGAGCCACGGACAGUGGAAGAUUUCCGUUUCCAGUGCACGUACCUCCAGACCUCCCCGGAUUCCCUCUUUACAAAGAAGUCCAUCUGCAGCCUCCAGACCACCGAUGGCUUCCAAGCACUGAUUGGGUGGACGUUCACUGAGACCACGUACAACUACAAGGAAAACAUGGAUCUGGUGGAGUUUGUAACUCUUGAAGACGAAGAGGUGGAAAAAACCCUCAAAGAGAAAUUCAACAUCACCCUAGAUAGAAAACUCAUCCCAAUUAAUGUUAAAGGAUCUUACACAAUCUAGAUGAUCAAGAAAACCUACAACAAUAUGUAUGUACACUACCUUCCACUGUCUGUGCAGUCCCUUCUGCAAGGUUAUGGGAUUCAUUUGCAGGUGACUGAAAGAAAAUAUGUUAAUAUGGGAUUAAAGUGAAUUUCACUUUGGGAAAAAUUAGGAAUUUAAGACUCUUGAGUCAAUCAGAUAAAAUUAUUUGCUGUGAGAUGACUGCCGUUCAAUUUUUGGCACAAACGUAGGAUCUGAUUUGAAUCUAGUUAUAAGCUUGGGUAAGAAAUAUGUCUGGAGAAUAUUGGACUGCCUGUAGCACACAAAUAGGGGUAUGGAUUAUUAAUUGUGAUAUGCUGCCAACACAUUUUCUGUGGUUAUUAUAGGGAGACAAGUCAUCUGUGAACAUUUAGACAAUGAAGUACACAUUUAAAACUUCAUUUUUCAUAAGACCCAACCACUCACCGCUCUUGUCAUUUCUCUACCUUUGUCAUCUUUGAAAGGAGCAUUGGGAGGCAUAAUUCUUUCACCAUCAUCCUUAGACAACAUAUAGUACAAAACAAAAAUUAGCAUCAUGUGCAUCCUUAUGGCCAUCACCACAAUAAGCUAAACUACCAAAUAGUAAUUUUUGGUAUGUACAGAUUUUUCUGGUGAUAAAAAUUCUCUAUAUUGCAGUGUUAUUGUGGCUGAUGGGCUCUCAGGAGAUAACUACAAGCUUUGCUUCUGAUAAGUAAUCAUCCUAUAAAUGGUGAUUAAAUGUCACAGCUGGCUUAGAUUUACUUUUGUCCCAAAAGGGGUGGAAAUGUUGUCUUCUUAGUGUUGCAUUUUAUUUGUAUAUCAAAGGUAGAACAAUGAAGCUAAGCCCACUAUAUCCUUAAUUCUCUCCUCUCUGUGUAUGGCAAACAUGAGAGUCCAUAUAGCUGUCCUGCAUGGGAACUGCUUAGCACAGGAGCUUUAAUAUCUCAAGGGAGUUUGCUCAUCUGUAUCAAAGUGAAAAUAAAACAAGGAGCCAGCCAAAUCUAAAAGAAACUCUUUCUUUUGAAUUAUUUCGCAACCACGUUUCCCCAUUUUUUAAAAAACGUUGUUCCUCCUACCAUGCUUCUUUGCAAAAAGCCCAACCAAGGAAACCACUAAGAAAGGGGAAACAUUCUUAAAUACAUUAAAAAAGUAGAAGAAGCAGUGAAAAACACUCUUUCUCCCCAGUCUGUGAUCAGCCUGAGUAUUGGUCAGACAUUGAUUCCUCCCACUGAUAGUGCAUUUUUGCUCAAAGACAUCACCUGAUCAUUAAUCUCACAAAUGCUGUAAGUGUAUAUAUGAAAAUAAAUAAAAGGAAAAUAAAACAAUUAA